AUGGUAUUGAGUGAAGCCUUCCAAGUGGUAUCCAUAAUCCAUUUGCUGCCUCUAGGGUGGAAGGACUUCAAGAACUACCUUAAGCACAAGCGAAAGGAAAUGAACCUGGAGGACCUGAUGCGACUCAGAAUUGAGGAGGGGAACAGGAAAAGUGAUGGGAAGAGUCCUGUCAUUGGUGGCUCAAAGGCCAACGUGGUGGAACAUGCUAAAAUUCCAAGAAGGCUAAGAAGGACAAGCAAAAGCUGGGUCCAAAGGGUGGCGUUACUAAGGCUAAGUUCCAUGGCUCCAAGGAAGAAGAAUAAGAGUUCUGAAGCCAACGUUAUUGGAGAAGGCAGUCAGAAAGAGGAGGCUGAGAUUAGCCUUUCGACCAUGAUAAUCGAGGUGAACCUCGUGGGUUCAAACCAGAGCGAGUGGUUCAUCGACACCGUUGCAACAAGACAUUUGUGUUGCAACCAAGAGAUGUUCAGCACCUUUGAGACAAUUGAGGGCGAGAAGCUGAGGAAGAAUCAGGUAUCUGGCUUGUUGCUAAAUAAGAAUGGCUUUAAGAUGGUGUUCGAGUUAGAUAAAGUAGUUUUGUCUAAACUAAGAAUGUUUGUUGGUAAAGAUUAUGUAACUGAUGGGAUGUUUAAGCUCAGUCUAAUGUCUAGUGAGGGACCGAGUACGUCAAAACGAACAUUUGACGAAGCUAUGGAUAAUGAUAGUGGGGAAUUUGAGAAAGAACUCGAGCUCGAGCUUAGACGCAGAAAGCGGGCAAGAGUUGCGAAAUCAUUUGGUCCAGAUUUUCUAAUGUACUUGUUAGAGUAUGAUUCGAGAUCCAAGUGGGUCCUUAAAAGGAAGAUGAAAGCAGACGGUUCCAACGAUAAGUAUAAGGCUAGUCUUGUAAUCAAGGGUUACAAGCAACGCGAGGGUCUUGAUUACUUCGACACGUAUUCUCCCAUGACGAGAAUAAACUCCAUUUGGAUGAUACUUACCAUAGUCGCGUUGCAGAAUUUGGAAGUUCAUGAAAUGGAUGUGAAAAUAGCUUUCUUAAAUGGCAAGUUAGAUGAAGAUAUCAUUUUCUAG